AUGAAAUAUUAUUGCAUUAUAUUAUUUUUUACAAUUUUAACAGUUUUACAUGGAUGUAAUGAUGUAGAUCCUGACUGUAAAGAUAAAUUAAAGUAUUGUAAUGAUUCUAAUUAUCAACCAUUAAUGAAAAAAUAUUGUGCUUUAACUUGUAAUUUGUGUCCAGUAAUAACUACACCAUCUCCAUAUGGUGUAUGUGUUAUGAAUGAAUGUCCAGUAGGUGCACAAUGUAUUCAAAAUCUUUGUAUACCAGAUACACAAUUAACAACUCCAUCUAGUAAUUGUGUAGAUUAUGCCAGUAAUUGUGAAACUAUAAAAACAUACUGUGAAGUACCAUCUUAUAUUCCAUUAAUGAAAGCAAAUUGUGCCAAAACUUGUGGAUAUUGUGGAUCAAGUAUGGCUACAACUGUUAAAACAACUACACAACCUUCAUCAGGACCAUGCAUUUCUGGUAUUUGUCCAGCUGGAAACACAUGUAUUAAUAGCUUAUGUUAUCCAAUACCAAAUUCAAAAUCUACACCCUCAACAUGUAUUGACUAUGCUACUAAUUGUCAAUCACUAAAAGAUUACUGUCGAAAUAGUGUAUAUCAUGAUAUUAUGAAAGAACAAUGUGCUAAAACAUGUGAUUAUUGUAGUUAA